CUUACCAAGGGCGGUCCGUCGCUUUGAACAGGCAGCUAUAGCUCUAGGGCUAAUCUCACUCGAAUUUGGGCUUUCUUCUUCAUUUCUAGUUAUGCGACUCCAAACUGAAGACGAGCUCUCUGCAAUGGAACCCGAACCCCAAAACAAUGAGCAAGAAGAAGACGGAUAUGGCGUCCUUCUCUAUUACAAGUAUGCCCAAAUCCCAGACCUUGACGACCUUCUCGCCUUCUACCACUCUAACUGCAACUCCCUCUCUCUCCUUGGCCGUGUCCGACUAUCUCCUCUCGGCGUCAACGUUACCGUUGGUGGGAAGUUAAGCUCAUUGAAGAAGCACAUUGCUGCAGUUGAGUCUUAUAGUUUAUUCGAGGGGACUGACUUUAAGCUCGCGGCUUGUCAUCGCCCAUUGAAGGACAAAGUUGCUGAGGAAUGUGGGUUUACUUCCCUCUCAAUACGCGUGGUGAAGGAGUUGGUUACUCUUAGCUCCAAUCCUCUUCUAAAAUCACCAGCAAUUUCAAAUGCCGGGACACAUCUUUCUGCUGCUGAGUUUCACUCUGUUCUUCAGAAUGCUGGACAUGUUAUGGAUAACGAUAGGACAACACCCAGCGAAGGGAUUGUUUUGUUGGAUGCUAGAAAUUUGUAUGAGACAAGAAUUGGAAAGUUCCACAAAUCAAAUGUGGAAACUUUGGAUCCAGGCAUUAGGCAGUAUAGUGAUCUGCCCUCGUGGAUAGAUGAUAACUCUGAUCAAUUGCAGGGCAAACAUAUCCUUAUGUAUUGCACUGGGGGUAUCAGAUGCGAAAUGGCAUCAGCCUAUAUUAGGUCAAAAGGUGUUGGUUUUGAGAAUGUGUUUCAGUUAUUUGGCGGAAUACAACGUUACCUGGAACAGUUUCCAGAUGGUGGUUAUUUCAAAGGAAAGAAUUUUGUUUUUGAUCACCGGAUUUCAGUUGGAAGUUCAGAUACAGAUAUAUUGGGUAACUGUCUGCUUUGCAGCUUUCCAUUUGAUGAUUAUUCUUCACGCCUCCGAUGCACUUACUGUAGGAUGCUUGUUUUGGUUUGUGAUAGCUGCCAGAAGGACAGCUCUACGUUUGUCUGUGAGCUAUGCCAGAAGCAUGGCAAGGAUGUUGGGUUGAUUUCAUUUAAUGUAAAUGGCAAACCAGAUGCAAUGUCUCCUCAAGCUGAUGAUAAAACUGUUUCCCCAGAUUCCAAACUCUCACUUCAUCUGCCUGGGAGACAGGGUAAGAGAUUGGGCAUAGAAGGAAGCUAAAGAUAUUGUGCUUGCACGGGUUUCGACAAAAUGCCUCUAGUUUUAGGGGACGAACUUCAUCCUUAGCCAAAAAACUCAAAUCCAUUGCUGAGCUUGUCUUCGUGGAUGCACCUCAUGAAUUACCGUUCAUUUAC